GUUGCUAGUGCGGCUCAACCAAAUCGCAGACGGAGACUUUUAUCUGCCAUCAAGCAGCAAGCGGACCGUUGUCGUCUCGUGCACUCAGCAUCCUGGCUCAGCCUCAUUGCAGGGAAGCCAGAAGUCCCUGUGAUCCUUUAGCCCGCCGAGAGGCUGUGAUGUUCCCUGUGCCCAUCGAUCUCGCUGUUGUCGUCGUUCCAACUUGUUCUUUUCGCUCCGCUGGCUGCGAUCUACAGCAGCGUACAUCCAGAGGAUCUUCAACAAUAACGCACUGAACCCGCAAGUGAUUGGGCGGUAUGAGCUUCCCCCAGAUCGGCGUCAGCGAUAUCAUCACUACCGUCAACGUUGUCUGGACCGUCUAUGAGAGCGUCAGGGACGGACCUCGAAGUGCCAGAUGGGAUUUUCACUCUUUUCGCCAAGAAUUCCAUGCCAUCAAAACGUUAUUGGAAAGGAUCCAGAAGGUGAAAGGGUCCGCGGCAAAGGACAUCCGCGGGUUGGGGUCGCUUUACGCCGAAACCAUCCAGGAAUGUGCCCAGUUCGUCAACAAGCAUAAACAGCUUGCGCAAGCUAGGACUCCGACCCUCAACGGCCGCAGUGAUCGUUUUGGGAACAAGGUAUCCCUUUUAUUUGAGAAAUUCACGUGGCCGUUAGAGCGCAGCGAGGCCGAACGACUCCGCCGCAAGCUGGAGCGCUGCUUGGAGAUUGCCACCUUGAAGUCCACCGAAGAAACACGAGAUGCGGCUUUGGACUUCAUGCGAAUAGCAGAACAUAACCAGCUCGAGAAUAUCGAAAUGCUCAAGUCCAUCAAGACCAUGACUGCACAGAUCUCGCUGCUCCUCCGGCAAUGUAUGCUCGAAGGCCCCAACGACACCGAUCCCCAUGACAUGCACCACCCGAGCCAGCGUGGGAACCGACUGCGGCCGGUGUUUCUAGAGCCCGAAUGUGCCCUGAGUGCAAUCCCUGAAAACGAUGAGGUGACCCCGGUGGGCAGCCAGCGGUACCAGAAGGCGUUGGAUCGCAUCCACGAGAUCUCGGAGCGACUCAGCAAUCUCACGCGAAGGCUUGAGACACCCGAAACUCCUGGCCGGGCUUCGCCGCUGGCUCACUCCACUAGUCACACAUACAUGCGAGGUGUUGAUGGUGUCAGCAGUGAAACGCCGACCACUGCCACUGUGUUUCGCUUUCUUCAUCAAGUCAGCGACGAUGUGCGUGAUGCUCUGGACAUGGUCGGGUAUGGACAUGAAUUCGUCCCCAAUCGUGACCCUCCGCAGAGAGACCAUGCCAGGGUGGAGCCUGUUCAGUCGAUCAACGAAACGGCCGAAGGAUGGAAGCAGUUUCGCGAAUGGCUCGACUUCCAGCUUGUGCAUGCCUUCAGCACAAAUUCCAUUGAUCCACAGCCAGCCCAUUCGCCCCAGUCCUCGCACCAUUUGCUGCUGGAUGGAAUCUCUCCACCGCCAGCGAUCCCAAUCAUACGUACACACUCUAGAGAGUCCGAUCAUAGUAUAAUAAGCUCCCCCCAAUCUACUGUCUCCAUGCCGAUCCCGGAUAGAAAGGUUCCGCUUACAGCACACCCAGUGAAGGUGGAGUUCCCCGACCCGAAUGUCGCUGGCCGUUUUCUUUUUCGCCCUCUCGUAUGUACUGUCAUGGCUUGCUUCAAUACCCAAACGCAUGAACCGGAGGCGAUUGAAGCCAUCGAUGUUCACGGAGUAGUUAAAGUGACCCAAGCCGCCGUUCGCGGGUCGCGUACAGUCCAAAGCUCGAUGCUUCCGUACGUGCCAAGCAGUCGGGUUUCCGCGCCUUAUACGGGCUCCUUGGGGUUAUGGUUCCAGGGCUCACAUAAAACGAAGAUCGAGGAGGACCGACUACCUGUCACGAGAUACGCCAUCUCGCCAGUUUAUACAUGUAAAGAUCGCAGUGAUUUCGAUUAUUUCCAACAGGUCCUUCUUCGGAGAAAAGUGAUCUCAUAUGUGGACGUUCGGAAGAUCUCCGUCAAUACAGCAGACUGUCACUGCAACUCUGCAGAGGUGAUACGUAUCCUCGAAGACCCAAUUACAAAGGCACUCUCGCUGUUGUACUUUGCUUCAUUUCCAGGAACUUCUCGGCGAGCAAGGUUUGUCGACAUGCCAGUGCGAGACCUGGGCGCGGCCAAUCGAAAAUCAAAGCUCGUCAAGCUACCGUUCCAGGGAGCUUCGCGGCGCAGUUCGGUGGAGAGUGCCACAAGUGCCCUUUCACAGGAAUCGCGACUCUCUGCUUUGACGUCAUUCGGGUCGAGUCAGCGAAGAAAACACUUGGAGCUGGAGUUUUACGAGGAAAAGGAUUGUGCAGCGUUUCUUCGAGCACUCAAACAUGGAGAAGGAGGUUGACUAGAGGGUAUGCAUGAAAUGCCAGUUGGCAUGAAUGGACGGUGGUGGCUGUUCACAGGUCCCCCGGAGAGCUGGUGCUACCGCGGAGGCCAGUCCAUGAUGGCCCUAUGAAGAGACUGCGCAGCGGCAGGGUUCACAGGUGGUGUUCCUGCCUUGCCAUUAGUUUAUUUGGGGUUCAAGACCCCCAUGGUCUGUUGUUUCACUCUCUUUCCCCCUCAUUCUGUUCUCUGCUGGGCUCCCUUUCCGACAUCAGUCUACAAUCUCUCCUCUCCCCCCAGCCACUUGGGAAAAGACGAACUGCAAAUAACGAAAGAGGGAGAGACAGAGAGACAGAGAAAUACCCAAGCGAAAGAGAACCCCCCCCGUCCCCCAACGCCGGCCGUCUACCAUGCACCCUAUUGGGUCCUGAAGAAUUUGUCAUUUGAGAUAAAUUGCUGAUGAAUUCAGGAAAAUACAUAGAAACACACAUCCGAUGAAGCAUCCUGUUUUGCUCACGUGUUUGAAGCAUAGAUACCAUUAUAAAUAAUACAGGGGCAGAAGAAAAGAGACCCUCUAUGCAAAAAAAAAAAAAUAGAUGUGGUUGGCAGGAAUAGACAAGGCAAUGAUGGAAGCCUAUUCCCCGGCUAUGAACAGCUCAUUCAUCUCACAAUAUCUCCCGGCUAGGCUAGCAAGCUGAUCAAGAUCAGUAUCCAGGGCUACUUUGCUUUCAUGAUUUCACUUGCUGGCCUCUUGAUGGUCAUCUGGCUGGUUUAUACUUCCCAUUUUUGCCACAUAUGCAAUUCAUGAACUGAAGCCAGGAUAUCAAACGCCCUUCCCGACAGGUGAAAAGUUGCGGAACUGCACGUGAUACAGGGCCUCAGUGGAAAACAACCUUGUCUGGCCUAUGUUUCUUCCAGAACAAGCUUAAUCAGGUUCACUUAGGGGGACUGGCUCCCUGGUAACUUGGAAUAUGAUUGUAUUAGCAACAAGAAUGGAACUGCUGAAGGGAGAAUAAUAAAAGUUAGCCAACCUUAGUUCUGUGAUGAGCCACGGUUCAAGACCAUGCAGAGACAGAAACGGAGUGAGGUCUCCUAUCUGUUUCUUUUUCUUCUCAAGGAAACAUGAUCAUAUCUGCUGCUGCCAUUCCCCGUGUAGGACGCUUCCGUUUAGUGAGAGAAUCUUUGCUUGGGACUUUUGUAGCUUGAUCUGACAAAGGCUGUCUUUUGAAUGAGAGGACGAUCCGUAAU